AUGGCUGCGGUCCCGGCCGCCGUCCAAGGCCUCGCCCCGUAUUCUACCACUGCUUGGACAUGGUUUCCUGACGCCUCUAACGUAGGUGGUGUUCGUUUAAUCUACGUCAUUGGAAGUCAACAGCACCGUCAGUUGGCGCCCGGUCCGUCGCCUACUAACGCGGACAGAUUUCCUUCGGGCGAUAGCCCCCCUGGAGAUAGCUUUCGGACCUCUUCGGAUGUCUCGAAGAAACGCGUGUCCAUGGCUUGCUUGGCUUGUAAGAAGUCCAAGCGGAAGUGCUCUGGAACGGCACCAUGUGACAACUGUCGGGCAUUUAACCGACAGUGCAUAUUCGAUGAGACGCUUGAUCAGCGUCGAAGAGUAGCGGCAAAGCGUACGGCUGAUGAGCUGAGCUAUCACCGAGAUAUGCUGAAUGAUCUCUUGAAGGUGAUGCGUGCAGAAGAUCAGUCACAUGCUCUGAAACUGCUGGAAUUCAUCCGGAAGGAUGCCACGGCCGAGGAGAUUCGCACGUAUAUCGACGAUAUUCUGGGUCGGAUUGAGGGAUGCAGCAAGGUGAGUGACGCGGCGGGAAGGCAGCUACAGCAGGUUAGACGGGUGAUCGAUGUCGAAGGAGCUGGGCCGUCAUUUCGUCCCAAGGUUAUGGAUAUCCAUUACUUAUGCAACGAAGUCCCUCACAGGGUCCCCGCAGAGCCCUGGACCACCGUAACCGGCGAUGCUGACCUCGUCUCCCAUCUGGUGUCCCUCUACUUCACCUGGGAUUAUCCUUUUCAUGCCUUUCUCGACCGAGACGUCUUCCUCAAGCAUAUGCGGAAGGGUAACACCAAUUCGGAAUUUUGCAGUCCAUUCCUUGUGAACGCUCUGCUCACGAACGCUUGCCACUUCUCAGACUACUCUGAAGCCUAUGUCGAACCCGGGGAUAUAAUGACCAAAAGGGCCGAUUUUCUCGCUGAAGCGGAGCGUUUGAGAGAGGAAGGACCCAUGAAGCUCAGUCUGGCUAACUUGCAAGGCACACUGUUGUUGCAUGAACGGCAUGCAUUAUCCGGCGAAGACGAUCUCGGCUAUCGGAUGCUCCACCAAGCCAUCUGGACCGGCGAAUCUCUAGGUCUCAUCGGCCCAAGGAAGUUUAGUCUGAAUCCAGGACAGAUCUCUGAUGAUAUGGAUAUUUCGAUCAAGCGGACGGCCUGGGGCUUGUUCCAUAUUGACACAAGUGAAACCACUGACGGUACUUCUGACAGGGUUGUGCAUGCCGAUUUCCUACGGCCCAGCCUUAUUGACAAGGUCAACCUCGAACGGCCCAAUCGGUACAGCGCCGAAGAUUCGAGUUUGUGGUACCCUUACCCCUCCCAUCGCUCUGCUCAGCCGUCCUACUUGAGCCACUACUUUAACGAGUCGUGCAACCUGUGUGAAAUUGCACGAGACGUCUCACAGCGGCUCUUUGGAAUUGACGCCAACGCUGCUUCUGCCGAGCACCUACGUCAGAUCCAGGAAACCCUGUAUGAAAGGCUGCGUGGCUGGUAUAGUAAGCUGCCGGAUAUCUUCGAUCCGUAUCAUAGGCCACCACCGUACAUCAUCUUGCUGAGGACCGGGCGGACCAGAGAUACGCCUAACUCCGAGGCACCUAAAACACCCGAGAGCCCACCGGGACUAAGCCCCCUGCCCAAGUACAAUACUGUAGGCAUUGUACAAUCUGCAGCGCGCGCAAUAGCUGCCCUGACAGUCCUCCACCGACGAGAAUACGGCAUCAGUCGUGCUCAUCAUUUUGCCAUGUAUGCGAUAAACCUGGCACUCUUCACGUUGCUGGAGUCCGGGACAUUCGACGUGCUGGACCCCGACUUUCUUGCGCUCGCCAGCUCUUUCUCCAAUAUUGCUAGUCGAUCGCCAUUGGGUCGGUCUCUCUUCCAUAUUUUUCGGCAGGCGGUUCAUGCCAAGGGGCAAGGCAGGCGGCUGCGAGAAUCAAAUGCGGUCUCGGAUGAUCUCAAAGCGAUGUUUGACGAAGAAUCGGCAUCGGCAUCCCGGUGGGAUGAGUAUGCCGCAGGAUUACAGAAGCUGGAGAUGGAUGAACGCUACCGCGGAGCCUGGGAUGGGGAGUUCAGUCUUUUCGACAUGCUCGAUCGAUACGAGAGCUUGAGCUUGGGCAAGGAUGAAAUUGCGCCUGAGCGGCCGCGCUGUUGA